AUGUCAAUGAAGAACGGAACUUCAUCCUCUGACUUUAUCCUCCUAGGGCUUCUGGUGAACAGUAAAGCUACAGUGAUUGUCUUUGCUGUUAUUUUUGCUGUUUUCGUGGUAGCUGUAAUUGCAAAUUUGGUCAUGAUAGUCUUGAUUUGGGUGGACUCCCGCCUCCACACUCCCAUGUAUUUUCUGCUCAGCCAGCUGUCCAUCAUGGACACUCUUUUCAUUUGUACCACUGUCCCAAAACUCCUGAUUGACAUGUUUUCUAUAGAGAAGACCAUUUCCUUUGUGGCCUGUGGGAUGCAGAUCUUCCUCUACUUGACCAUGAUUGGCUCAGAGUUCUUCCUCUUGGGCCUCAUGGCCUAUGACCGCUACGUGGCUGUUUGUAACCCUCUUAGGUACCCAGUCUUGAUGAACCGCAGGGUAUGUCUUCUGCUGGCUGCUGGUGCCUGGUUUGGUGGGUCCCUGGAUGGCUUUCUGCUCACCCCCAUCACCAUGAGUUUUCCCUACUGUGGCUCCCACAGUGUCAACCACUUCUUCUGUGAGAUCCCUGCAGUUCUCAGACUGGCCUGUGCUGACACAUCCCUGUAUGAAACCCUGAUGUACAUCUGCUGUGUACUCAUGUUGCUCAUCCCCAUCUCUAUUAUCUCAACUUCUUACUCUCUCAUCUUGUUAACUGUCCACCGCAUGCGCUCUGCUGAAGGCCGAAAAAAGGCCUUUACCACUUGUUCCUCCCACUUGACUGUAGUCAGCAUUUUCUACGGGGCUGCCUUCUAUACUCAUGUGCUGCCCCAGUCAUUCCACACCCCUGAGCAGGACAAGGUUGUCUCAGCUUUCUAUACUAUCAUCACACCCAUGCUCAAUCCUCUCAUUUACAGCCUCAGAAACAAGGAUGUCAUGGGGGCAUUUAAAAAAUUAUUUGCACAAUGCUCAUCUGCUCAGAAAGUAUCCACAAGUGAUGCUUAG